AAAGGCACCAUUAUUACACCGACUCUCCUCCACAGAGGUCAUGAAAGCGCUCAAGGUUGUUCCUGUCCUCCUUUCACUGAUUUAUAUCACCGUCAGCGUCACCAUAUGGCCUACACACAUAAUCUGCAAGAACAAUAAUUUGGAAGUGAACUACAAAAGCUGUGAUCCUCUGCAAGAUGUUGCUUUGAGUGUUGACAGUUGCACGUAUGUCACCAACAAAGAUGUUACCAUCCGAUUAGCAACUGUUUUAAGGCACGCCAUCAAUGAACUCUCUGUGGAUUUCAGUCUUAAUAUUAAUGGACAGAUUGCGCCACUUUACAGCAAAAAAGUUUGUGAACGAAAUCAGCCCCAGUUUCAAUUCUGUGGAAAGAAAAAAGGAGAAUAUAUUUACUACACAGGGCCCGUCUCCCUGAACAUGGACAGCAUCCCACAGGCUCCUGCCUUCCAAAAUUGUAAAUGUGCUCAUUCUCAGAUGGUUGUGAUCAGUGGUGGGAUUCAACUAAUUUAACAACCGGUUCUCUGCCCUAAUGAAAGUUAACUGAUUGGGUGGGAGUUCAAACCCCCACUAGCAGUUAAAAAGGAAGAAACAGCUGCAAUCACACAUUGCUCCCAGAAGCACGAAGCUGAAGCCUGAAGAUGACUAAUGAGACUUCGUCGAAACGUUGCCAAGACACUUCCAACUUUACGCGGGAGAAAACCCGAAUAACCAAAGACCUACCUACAAACACCCGCGAAAACCUCAGAAAACAUAUAUAUAUAUAUAGUUGUGCUCAGCCAAGCUCCCACCCAAUCAGUUCAAACCCCCACUAGCAGUUAAAAAGGAAGAAACAGCUGCAGUCACACAUUGCUCCCAGAAGC